UCACUCUCCAACGCGAUGAAGUUCUGUUUGGCGUUAAUUAGUUUGCUGCUCUGCUUUGCCCAGAUAUUCGCCGCCUACGAAUGUCCGAGCAUAUGCCCAGCGCUGUAUAAGCCUGUCUGUGGACAGGCCACGAUCAAGGGAAGGCCGGUGCGCUGCGAGUUCUCAAACAGCUGUGUGAUGGGAGUCAAUGCAUGCACUAAGGGAAUCAACUGGCAGGAAUCGCCUUGUAAAGGACUUUCACCACUGUGCGAAGCUCUGAAGAACUAAGUUGAUUAUUCAAACAU